GCAAGAUCAUCGAUGUCGUCAGUCAAACUAAUUGAAAGAAUAAAAAACUACGAUAAAUACAAAAAUUUAAAUCUGAAAGAUAAGAUAAAGCUACUAACGCCUCAGUUAAAUACAAAGUUAACAGGUUACAUGCUCUUCUUGAAAUCCACAAAGUUGGAUGUGAAAUCUGCCUCAGAAAAGUGGAAAGCGCUUUCAAAGGAGCAGAAAGAUGAAAUUAAUAAGAAAGCCCUAGAGUAUCCGCCUAUAAACAAUAGGGAAGAUAUUCCUAGAAGUUACUACAACCAGAUCAGACAAAUACAACUCGACUUGGCCGAAGAAUGGAAGGCAACGGAUGAAGGAUGCCGCGAGUCAAUGGAAGAAUCUUUCAGAUGAUAAGAAAUCUAUGUUCAUAUCACAAUCUCAGUUACAGAAAUCAAUCAAGCAGUUGAAAAUCUAAUAUACCUUUUUGUUCAUGUAGACCAUCUCUCUACCUCUUUCUAAUCCAAUCUCUUCAGCUGUCUUCAUACCAGCGCCUUUCUCUAAUCUUGGGACUCUAACCAUGUCAGAUCUGCUCAUCAAUUGUGGUUGUGAACCUCCGUGGAGUGCUUUCAAAGUAGCUUUAACGACUUGCAUUGGAUUCCGACUUCUGCGACAUUUUGCGCUCAAGUCAGUUAUACCUGCUGCUUUUGCUACUUGGUGAACGACUGGACUGCAUCUUAAACCGAAACCUGCUGGUCGACUUCUCAGUUCAACGAGACUGGAUCCAACUUUGCUCUUCAAUUCACCGUAUAUUGUCCUAUCUUGGAAUCUAUCGACGAAAUCCAUUUCUCUGACUGCUUCAAUUGUUGCUUUGCGGAUAGCGUCGCCAUUGCUAUCACCUUUACCUUCACCAACGCCGACCAUACCUUUUCCAUUACCGCAAACGACGAGUGCGUAUUUCGACAUAAUCUUACCCUUGCUCGUUUGUUGCAUAACACGCUUUGUUAUAAGUGGGAAAGUGUACUCUGUUAAGCUACGGAGGUGUUGCAUACUGUAAGGCAACGUCUUUGACAACUCAUUCAAUGGAUCUAGAGGGUAUAUUAGUUCUGUUUUACUGAGAAGAGCUCAUACUUAC